GAAUGAAUGAACAUCUACAGUGAUUUGAGAGAGAAAUAGAGUGCGACAUCCGUAUAACUUGUGGCGGGUAUCGCUCCUCCAUCUGCUCCAGUCCUCCACCUCCACAAAAAUACCUGAAAUAACUGUCAUUAUUCAAAAAUUCAAAGAGAAAGAGACCUGUGGAAAUGGUGCUGCCCAUGAAGUGAAAUACCCAUAUGAGCUUCAGAUUGUGUUGUUGUUUUGAGCAAUUUAUACUGUGCAGUGCCUCUCUGCAAAAAUGGCAACAGUGGCAGCAGGUGGCCUAGGACUAGGAACAGUCAGGCUUCAGCAUCCCACCAAUUCAAAUCCACCGUCUUUAUUCUUGGGCAAAAGGCUCAGGUUCAAACCCACCUGUUCCGAGUCACUACCGCACACGAGGAACCUCUUCAACCCGAAAACAUGCUUAGUUUUUGCAUCGGCAGGUGGCGGAUUUAUGGGUUUGGUUCAGGAUCUUUUUGUGGGUGUCGGGGUUGGGCUCCCCUGCACCGUCAUGGAGUGUGGGGAUAUCAUAUACCGAAGCACUCUGCCCCGUUCCAGCGGCAUCACCGUCACGGUUCCUGGCGCCAUUUUGGCUCUGGGUGCCGUGUCCUACCUCUGGGCUACUCCUGGUGUGGCUCCUGCCUUCUGGGACAUGUUUGUUCUUGCUUUUGUUGAGAGACUAUUUAGACCCACUUAUCGGAAGGGCGAUUUUGUGCUGGGUAAGAAGCUGGGAGAGGGAGCAUUCGGUGUGGUUUAUAGGGCAUCCUUGGCGCAGAAGUCCUCAUCGAAGGACAAAGGUGACUUAGUCUUGAAAAAAGCAACUGAAUAUGGUGCUGUGGAGAUUUGGAUGAAUGAGCGUGUACGAAGGGCUUGCACUAAUAGCUGUGCUGAUUUUGUGUACGGCUUUCUUGAGAGUUCCUCAAAGAAAGGACGUGAAUAUUGGCUUAUAUGGCGGUUUGAAGGAGAGGCUACACUAGCAGAUUUGAUGUUAAGUAAAGAGUUUCCCUACAAUGUGGAAACAAUGAUUCUUGGAGAAGUUCAGGACUUGCCAAAGGGGUUGGAAAGAGAAAAUAGAAUCAUUCAGACAAUAAUGAGGCAGCUUUUAUUUGCAUUGGAUGGCCUUCACUCUACCGGGAUUGUUCACAGAGAUAUUAAACCACAAAAUGUUAUAUUUUCUGAAGGUUCUCGCACAUUCAAGAUCAUUGAUCUUGGAGCUGCUGCAGAUUUGCGAGUAGGCAUCAACUAUAUUCCAAAAGAAUUUCUUCUAGACCCAAGAUAUGCAGCACCAGAGCAGUACAUCAUGAGCACACAAACUCCAUCUGCUCCCUCAGCUCCAGUAGCAACUGCACUUUCCCCAGUUCUAUGGCAGUUGAAUUUGCCUGAUAGGUUUGAUAUGUACAGUACCGGUCUCAUCUUCCUACAAAUGGCAUUCCCAGCAUUACGUACCGACGGUAGUCUCAUACAAUUCAACCGUCAACUAAAGAGGUGUGGGUAUGACUUAGUUAGUUGGAGGAAGAAUGUGGAACCUCGUGCCAGCACUGAACUUCGUAGGGGCUUUGAGUUGUUGGAUUUAGAUGGUGGGGUAGGAUGGGAGCUUCUUACAUCAAUGGUUCGGUACAAAGCAGGGCAAAGAACCAGUGCAAAAACAGCUUUAGCUCAUCCCUACUUUGACAGGGAAGGCUUAUUGGCUUUGUCCUUCGUGCAGAAGCUAAGGCUGCAACUCUUUCGAGCUACACAACAAGAUUAUGGAGAAGCUGCCAAGUGGGUUAUUCGCCUAAUGGCUAAAUCAGGAACUAAGCAGGAUGGUGGCUUCACAGAAGCUCAACUUCAGGACCUCAGAGAGAAGGAGCCUAAAAAGAAAGCGAGUGCUCAAAGGAAUGCUCUUGCAUCAGCCCUUCGGCUUCAGAGGAAGAUUAUAAGAACACUCAACGAAAGCAUGGAUGAGCUGAACCAACGCAGGAAGAGCUUAUGGUGGAGCAAGUGGAUUCCCAGGGAGGAAUGACUAAUUGAUGCUUGUUAAUAUGUACAAUUUUUUUCUUAUUUUUUACUUUUGUAAAUUUUAUGUUGCCAUUAAUGUUACGGAUAUGCUGAACAACAUGUUGUCUAAAGAUGAAAGAAAAGAAGCCCUCAGAAAUGUACUUACUAUAUUUUUAAUGCACUUGCAUGUCACUGACUUAAAA